AUGGAAUUCGUUUUUCUGUUGAUUGUUGCUCUAAGCAACACUGGAUUUGCCAAAGACGUGGUCGAAGUUCUUGAAAAGGGGGUUGAUGACAAAAGAGUCACUUUCCACAAAUCUGCGCUCGAUAAGUGCUAUUACGUCAACGACUCCAGCUCGUUCAUGUACACAAAAGAUGAGGAGAGUCUCAGAUAUCUUAUUUUCUCCACCUCGGAUUGCCUUGGUUCGUUCACUGGAUACACAAUUGAGUAUGGCGAAAAUCAAAAGAUUGACUUGUUCACAUUCGCACCUUCACACAUUGCUUUUAGUGCAGCAGCCGAAAAGCCAGAUUGUCCGAUGAGAGACAGAACAGUUCGACACUAUUACACAAAGAACAAAUUCUUGUGCAAAAACAAUUACUGCAGAUAUAAGGUCGAAAAGAACGAUGGUGGAGACAAGGUUUUGUAUUUAAUAACUUACUCGGACGAAAAGUGCAAAGAAGAGAUCAAACGAGACAAGAUUCAGGACUGCAAUACUUGCAAAGAGGGUGUGAUGUACCAGUGCGCAGCGUCUGCUGUUGCCCUCUUGUUUGUGGAAAUUGUGUUGUUAUUGAUAUAA